CGGUGGGAAGAUUCCGGCCUGGAGCUCCCAGGGCCGAGGUGAGUGGGUGCGCGGCCGGCCUCCCGGCGCACUCCCAGAGGCUGGGGGGCCGGGGCUGGAGACGGGAAGCGGGCUCCCCGCCCGGGAAAUGCGCGGGUUGACAUGGGGUACGCCACGCCCCUGCCCCUCCCCGGGCCUCAGUUUCGCCGUCUGUGGAGAGGGCAGGGGUCUCCAAGCGCCCUCCUGCAAGGCACCUGCCGGACGCCGGCUCAUCUGGUAUUUCCUGAGCACCUGCGACGUCCUGGGUGCGGGACCCGGGCCGGAAUCGGACACGGCUCUGCCCUCUGAGAGGCUGCUUCCCGCGGUGGGAUUGGGGCGGGCAGUAAACACGUGAGCAAACAAGGAAACGUCAGAGGUGGGAGUGCCACGAGGAUUGGGAGGGGUGGGGCAUUGGAGAAAGUAUUCAGCCAAGCGGAGGUCUGCGGAAGGGAGCUGAAGGCAGGAAGAGCAGCAAGUAAAGAAAAACACAGCAGACCUUGGGACCUGUGAGCGCUGCAUCCAAUUAACCAUGGGAAGGGUCAGCACCAGCCACCAGCCCCUUAGGUGAGGACUCUGCCUGGGGCUCCGCUGAUGGUUCCGAAUCAUGGAGCUGCAGAGAGCUCCUCCAGCCAGGAGACGUUCUUGGUGAAAGCUGUGGUCUAACUCCACCGGCUCUUCCUGCACAUUGUAUUCAAGAGGGGUGCCUGUCCCCGCUGACUCAGGAGCUCCGGUGCUGCAGCCGCCACGAAUGGGGAGGUGGGCCCUCGAUGUGGCCUUUUUGUGGAAGGCGGUGUUGACCCUGGGGCUGGUGCUUCUCUACUACUGCUUCUCCAUCGGCAUCACCUUCUACAACAAAUGGCUGACAAAGAGCUUCCAUUUCCCCCUCUUCAUGACGAUGCUGCACCUGGCCGUGAUCUUCCUCUUCUCCGCCCUGUCCAGGGCGCUGGUUCAGUGCUCCAGCCACAGGGCCCGUGUGGUGCUGAGCUGGGCCGACUACCUCAGAAGAGUGGCUCCCACAGCUCUGGCGACGGCGCUUGACGUGGGCUUGUCCAACUGGAGCUUCCUCUAUGUCACCGUCUCGCUGUACACAAUGACCAAAUCCUCAGCUGUCCUCUUCAUCUUGAUCUUCUCUCUGAUCUUCAAGCUGGAGGAGCUGCGCGCGGCACUGGUCCUGGUGGUCCUCCUCAUCGCCGGGGGUCUCUUCAUGUUCACCUACAAGUCCACACAGUUCAACGUGGAGGGCUUCGCCUUGGUGCUGGGGGCCUCGUUCAUCGGUGGCAUUCGCUGGACCCUCACCCAGAUGCUCCUGCAGAAGGCUGAACUCGGCCUCCAGAAUCCCAUCGACACCAUGUUCCACCUGCAGCCACUCAUGUUCCUGGGGCUCUUCCCUCUCUUUGCUGUAUUUGAAGGUCUCCAUUUGUCCACAUCUGAGAAAAUCUUCCGUUUCCAGGACACAGGGCUGCUCCUGCGGGUACUUGGGAGCCUCUUCCUUGGCGGGAUUCUCGCCUUUGGUUUGGGCUUCUCUGAGUUCCUCCUGGUCUCCAGAACCUCCAGCCUCACUCUCUCCAUUGCUGGCAUUUUUAAGGAAGUCUGCACUUUGCUGUUGGCAGCUCAUCUGCUGGGCGAUCAGAUCAGCCUCCUGAACUGGCUGGGCUUCGCCCUCUGCCUCUCGGGAAUAUCCCUCCAUGUUGCCCUCAAAGCCCUGCAUUCCAGAGGUGAUGGUGGCCCCAAGGCCUUGAAGGGGCUGGGCUCCAGCCCCGACCUGGAGCUGCUGCUCCGGAGCAGCCAGCGGGAGGAAGGUGACAAUGAGGAGGAGGAGUACUUUGUGGCCCAGGGGCAGCAGUGACCGGCCAGGGCAAAUGGCUUAGAAGCAGGCCACUCCCCACCCUGCUGCCAGCACUCACUGUGCUCAAGCCGCCGGGGCUCAUCAUGGUAGCUGGGAGCUGUGGACGGGAGUCACCAGGUGGUGGGACCAAGCCAGGGACUCAUGACUUUUGCCCCUCCCUUCAGAGCCUGGUCACACAAGGGGCGAGCACCAGGCCAGCCUGGGACUGGCCAGAGCUGGGCCCAAGCUGUGCUGGAAUCACAGCAGGAGAGGGGAGUGGGCUGGUUCUUCCCACCACUUCCCAGGCUCUGACAGCCGAGACUCAUUUCCAAGGCACAGCAGCUUUCUAAAGGGACUGAGUUUGGACUGGGUUUUGGACCUCGAGGGGCUGGAGCUUCAUCACCUGGGCAGUGUCUUUUCUCAGAGAGCAGGUUUCUUUAUAGUUUGGAAAUAAAUGGUUCACGGUCCACUGGCCGCCUUGUGUUGCUGGAGACGUGGGGGCAGGGAGGGGACAGUGUGGGCCUGGCCUCUCCUUUCCCUGCCUGGAGCCUUCUUCAAAUGUCUGGUCUUAAGCCAGGCCUCCUUCAUUUUCUCGCUCCUGUUCCCCAAUGGGGCCCCACUGCACCUGCUGGCAGGAAAUAAAUGAAUGUUUACUGAGUACUGCA